AUGACUUCUUCCAUUGCGAACAUGAAUUAUGCCAUUAUUGGAGGUGCCUCAGGCAUGGGACUCGCAACAGUUCACACACUCCUCGCACGAGGCGCUAAGGUUGCUGUAUGCGAUAUCUCUGAAAAGAAUCUGGAGGCGUUACUUGCUAGGCUCUCUAUGAAGGAUUCAUCCAAGUGCUUCACCAAGACUGUCGACGUCACAGAUCGCUCUGCCAUUGACUGCUUCUUCCUCGAGGCCAAGGAGCGUUUUGGGAGCAUCAACGGCAUCGCCAAUUUUGCCGGUACUGGCGGCCAUGGCUUAGGUACAGAGGCUGUCUGGCAGACAAGCGAGGAUGAAUAUAACUUCAUCAUGAACUUGAACGUUAAGGGACUGUUCAACGUGCUCUCCUCUGCACUAGUUCCUGGCUUUCUAGCGGAGCAUGCAAGUGUGGUUCAUAUCGGCAGCAUCUUCUCCCAGAAAGGAUUCUUGAACGGGGCCGUUUUUGCAGCCUCAAAGCAUGCAGCUUUGGGAAUGGUUCGAAGUGCAGCAAAAGAGACUGGGAGCCGGGUGAGGGUCAAUUGUGUGUUACCUGGUGUUAUUGACACCCCCAUGCAUCGAGCAAAUCUUGAGCGCGUCAAGAAUUUCACCCCAACUCCGGCAACCCCAAUUCCUCGGGAUGGUAAUGCGCAAGAGGUUGCCAAUGUCGUUGCUUUCUUGCUUAGUGAAGAAAGUAGCUUUGUGACAGGAGAUGCCUGGAAUGUGGACGGAGGCGCAAAUGCAUAG